AUGUCAAUCCCACCAGGUAGUGUUGCAUGUUUAUUCAAUUCUUUAUUAAACUUACGUACUUCAACUGACCAUAAUGCUGAUCAUGGUGCUAAAAACUCUAUGUUAAACUUUACCAACUCAAAAGAAGCAAAUAGAUUUGAUGGAUCUGAAUCAUGGUCUGCUUCAAUCAAUGAUGAUAAACAAUACAUCAUGGCAGGAAGUCUAGUAGUAAGCGAAUUUGUUGCUAUUGCAACUCAAGGUCGUGGUGAUUUUGAUCAAUGGGUUACUUCAUAUAAAAUUAGAUACUCAUAUGACAAUGUUCAAUGGUUUGACUAUAACAAUGGCCAAAUUUUCAAAGGAAAUACUGAUAGAAACACUGUUGUAACUCAUGUCUUCCCACAACCACUUCGUGCUAGAUCAAUUGCCCUCCAUCCAGUUACAUUCAAUGCCCACAUUUCACUUCGUUGGGAACUUUAUGCCAAAUCACCAGAAAGUAACUUUGUACAAGUUGGUACCGUUUCAAUUGGUGAUAGAACUCUUAAUUCCGGUAAUGGACCCCGUGAAGCUGUUCGUCAUGUUGAUUUCGAUAGACCAUUCGGCAAAGUACCAAAAGUUGCUCUCGGAACCACCCAUGUCGAUGGUACAACUGAUAAUAAUCAAUUGAGAUAUCGUGUCGAUGUUGUCAAUGUCACAGCAACAGGCUUUGAUGUUAAAUUUUCUACAUGGGUUAAUAACAUAAUUUAUGAUAUCACUGUUGACUAUGUUGCAGUUGAACAUUAA